CUCGUUUUAUGUAGCGUAGGGGUCAACCCACAGGUCACCCAGCUUAGUUGUACUGGAAGGUUGGCUUGGGUGCCAUAGUUGUUUUGAUGUCCAAACUCUCACGUUUAUGUCCGUUUUGAGGCAAUAGAAUUAAGGUUUGACGUCUACAAUGGCAGAAUCAAGACGUUCGGGAAGGGCUCACAGGAAGGUGGACUACAGUAAAUUUGGAGGCAAUGAUGAGGAGAACGACAGUGAAGAUGACUUUGCAGACUUCAACCCACCUGCCAAGAAGAAGAAAAUAGAACAGAAAGAAACAAAGAAGAAAGAGCCAGCAAAGAAAACAUCUUCCAGCAAAACAUCCGAGAAGAUGAAGAAGGAACAGAGACUCUCCCUGGAGGAGAAGCUGUACCAGAGAGACCUGGAGCUGGCUCUACAGCUGUCCCAACAGGACGCACCAUCCUCCAGCCAACCAGAGUCCAGCGGUCAGUCAGAACUGGAACAGGCAGCUACCAAAGAAGACUCCAGCGACAUCGCCAGUGUCCCCACCCCCACACCCAGCACAGACUCUGCGGAGAGACCCGUGGAGACUCAGUCAGCUGACAGUGAUGCGGAGGAGACUAACACCAGGAAGAAGAGACAGUCCAGGUUGAAGACUCAGCCAAAAUCAACAAAUAAAGAAAACGGAGGGAGAGACGAGGAAUCCAGGGUAGAGGACAUCGAUGAUGAGGAAGAGGUCCAGGAUGCAUCAUCUGAGGAAGAAGACAGUGACUUUGACCCUGAUGAAGACGACAGUGACUAUGAAACCUCCAGGAAACGCCAGCAGAGCCGGCGGGGAAGAGGCAGGGGGAGGGGAGGGGCAACAGAGAAGAGACCACGACCAAAACCCAGAUUGUCUGCUACAGUCACACCCAUCAAGACCUUCAGUGGAAAGAGCGCCUCCCCACGCCCCCGGGGGAAGGGCCUAGGACGAGCCAUUGUGGGUCUGAGCGCCGCCUUGUCGUACAACUCUGACGGUUCGUCUGGCCGGGACUCUCCGGACGUGUCCCACAUGCUGCCGGCACGUAGCAGCAGUGGGGAGCUCAUCAUCAGGAAACCUAAAUGGUGUCCUCCAGGUCCGGCAGGUACCAGUAAGUCAGGAGGAGGGGUGGUCAGUAAGUCUCCAGGCCAGAUCAGAGUAGGACUGUCCAAGAAUCAGAAACUCAAACCACUUCACCCAGUCAGACCAGCAUCCAACGGAGACUAGCAGUCCUGUCCCCAACUCUGAUGUUGUAACAGCUUCCUUCACAGCCGCUCUACCUCGAGCUUUGGGCAUUUCUUAAGGAAGGGAUGUUUUGCUUACUCCCUCCUGACAUACACACAUGUUGGUUACAGUUACAUGUAUUAUCGUAUUCAAAAGUGAAUUCUCUCCCUCCUUCCUACUCUAUAACAUUUUAUGCCUGUGAUGUCAACCGUUGAAACUUAGCUCUUACAAGACUUUAUACCAGUACUGUUAUGAUGUGCACAACAUUGCAUGUUUCGAGCAUUUACAUUCCAACAUGAUUCUUUCACAUGCAUGAAGAAAUACUAGUAAGCACCUUGUGAAUGGCUCUACCUAUAACUGCUACACCUUGGCUUUGAAACCUGGACUGAAGUUUGUCUGUGAAGAUUUGUUACAGUAUUAUUUGUCAUGUUUUAAUUGGCAGCAUUGUAUGUAUGAGCUAGUGUGAAAGUUAGGGGGAUUAUAACUUUGUUGUCGUUUUGACAAAAUCUAGAAUUCAGAACAAAUUUUCUUUCUUAUUUGCCAAAAGAGGUAGCCUGGGUGCCAUUUGAUUACUACUGGGCUCCCUACACAAGCUGCCCAGAAACAGGACAGUGAGUGGAUGAGCCCCAGUAGUAAUUGGAUGGCAACUAGGCUAAAAAAUAAGAAGAGAGAUCCAGUAAGAAAUUAAACUGAUUUCUAAAUGCCAUGCUAGUUUCAUAUGAAUGUUUUUUAGUAAAAGAAAGCUUUUAGAGCUUGGUAAAAGUGUCACAGUCAUCAUCAGUGACUUCCUUUGCAUUUUAGAAUGAAUAGAACCCUUUGGUCACCUUUUCAGUACUCUUCUAUGGCAUUGGAUAUAACCUUGUGUAUAGUCAAUAUGUAAAAGAUUCUUUUGAAAUGUUUUAUACAAGAAUUUUAUACUAAUCAGAUAGCAGUUCCGAAUACUAUAGGUAUUGAAUAGUUUUCUUUGUUCAUGAUUUUCGGUAGCUAUCCUCGGUGUAGUGCCAAAUAGCACCAGGAAGUUAGACUAAGUGGUAUGUACUUCUUCAAAGAGUAAAUUCAGUGUAUAGUUUUGCAAUUCCACUUAUCUUUUAGAUACAAACAAUUCUUAAUUGUAGUUUGAUACACACAACUUCUACCUGAGUGUUUGUGCUGUUCUGCCAAAGGGAUGUUUCAAUCCGCUCAAUUUACAAAGAGCCAGUUAAGUAGUGGGCCUUUCUUGUGUAUAUACGCCCGUGAUGUUACCAGAGACAUGUAUAAUUAUGUAGACGACACAGAGUCUAAGUACACUUUUUGUAGGUCUUGCACUGUAAAAAUAGUACUGUAUAAUUAUUGUUUUAUUGCACGGAAUAAAAGUAUAGUAGGUGAUAUUUCUAUUUGAGGUUUAAUGCUUGACUGUUUUUCACUAUGACCACAUAUACUUCCGGUGUGGCAAGUGCUGAUUAUUUUUAUACAUAGAUGCUGUUCGUUGACCAGUUAGGAUUAUAUGGACAAUAAAGCAUUAUACAUCA